AUGGUCUACGUCACAUUGGUUGCUACGAUGUAUGUGCAGUACCAGUAUCGGAUGCUAAUAUAUACUGGAAUGUACUUUUACUUCUGGCAAAGCCGUGGGGCGGAUACAGAAACCUUUGGCCAGCAAUUCUAUUUUGGAAUGUUCCUGUCUGACAUGGCAAACCACCAACCGGCUCAAACUUUCAUCUCAUCCCGCCGUUGGAGUCGCAUGAUUUUCUCCGUCACCGUCGCGGCGCUCGGCCUCUUCGCCGCUUCUUACCCUGCCCACAACGCUGAAUGGUGUGGCUGGUCCAAUUUCCUCCUACAGCUUUCGAAAUAUAUAUUCCCACACGAUAUCAACCUAGGUAAACGGUACACAGCUCUAGGAGUCGACCUCGUCAUUCUAGCAAUCUACCUCUCUCCCUCUGUCAAAUCCUUCCUUUCCAGACCAUUCUUCCUCUGGCUGGGCCGCAACAGCUUUGCCGUCUACCUGACCCACGGCACCCUCCUUCGUACCGUGCUCACCUGGAUGAUUUACGGAAUCUCCGGCCAGCCAUGGAAAGAAUGGAAAAACGAAAAGGGCGAGAUGGAACACUCGCCCUAUCUCCCUCGAGGCUCAAACUUGACUUUUGCAAUCAGUAUUCCCUUGUGGUUUGCGCUGGUGUACCUUGUCGCGCACUACUGGACGAGCUAUGUGGACAGCUUCUGCGCGCGGAUAACGCAGAAGCUGGAGACUCAUGUUUUUGAGCAGACCGAAAAGCCGGUUAAUGGGCUUCCCAUGUGA